AUGGAGAGGAAACCUUCCGUAGCUAGUCUCCUGACUGUGACCGACAGCAAAGAUCGCCCAGACCACGUCUACUGGCAGUGCGUGCCAGACAUCAAGCCCACUCUCAUGGACAAGUUGCGCGGUAAGAAACCCUGUAAGCGCGAGAACCCCAUCCGGUACGACAUCUGCAGUGGGUGCUGCUCCAGACGUCGAGUCGGAGCUAUUGCAAAGAACCGUGAGUCGGAGACGAUUGGAGAGCUCAUCACUUGGGAUGUGCAUGGCAAUGAGAUCUGGCGAUACACUGUGCCCUACCCUGGGCCUCAGAAGUACGAGUUUUGGGCGGAGGACUUUCCUUGA